GAGGGGAAACUGCCUCGGCCCCACCCGGUGGGUUGUGCCUCCGCCCGAUUACGUCCCGAUUCUGCCUCCCUUCCUAGGACCCUCCCGGCCAGGUAUCUGCCAAGCGCUGAACUGCUCGCGUCCGCGUCGACGGCUGUGGACGGCUGUAAUGCAAUGGUCGAGUAUUCUGAAUGGAUUGCAGAGCCACACAGAACUUAGUAUGGGCGUAUCAUUUCUUGUUUGCUUCACACUCGGACUGUUGCCCAUAAGAAUCAUUGGGAAGACUUGGCAAUGCCAACGUAUCUCCUAUAACUUGACUCGAGAUUACACAGUGAAAUAUGACUUCCCCACCUUCAGAGCAACAUCUGAUAUCCAGAAUAUAGUUACAUAUGAGCCUGGUAACACUGUCUUUGUUGCAGUGCAGAACAAGAUUUACGCAUUGGACCCAGAACUGAAAAUUCUGUCUACUCUAGUAACUGGACCCUGGGGUAGCACUGAGUGUGAGAUCUGUACUCUCUGUCCAGUGAAAGGACCAAUGGAUUUUGAAAACACAGACAACAAAGUUUUGGUGAUGGACCCUUUUGAACCUUGGCUUUACAGCUGUGGAAGUUCUCAACAUGGCAUCUGUUUCCAGCAUGAGAUUGAGAUACAGGGUGAUGUCGCUUUCAUUGGGAGAACCUCAUGCUUGUAUUCGUCUCAGCAUAACAGGCCUUCUGAGUGUCCAGACUGUGUGGCCAGUCCCUUAGGCACAAGGGUUGUAGUUGUUGAAAUGUCAUUUGCUUCAUACUUUUAUACUGCAUCUACCAUCAACACAACCAUAGCAGACACAUACAGCCCCAAAUCAGUGUCUAUACGGAGACUGAAGAGUACUUUGGAUGGGUUUGCUUAUCCCUUCCACUCCUUAACUGUGCUGCCUGAGUAUCAAGGCACCUACCCUAUUGACUACGUGUAUUCCUUUCAUUACCAGCAGUUUGUAUAUUUUUUGACAGUCCAAAGAGAAGAUCCUAGCUUCAAAUCAUACCACACCAGGAUAGUGCGGCUCAGCACUGAGGAGACUGAGGUUCGCAAGUACCGAGAGCUGAGUUUGGUCUGUCGUAUUCAAUCUAAGCGGAAGAGGAGUCUUCACAUAAUGCCUAAAGAUGUGGUUUUUAAUGUCUUGCAGGCAGCUCAUGCUACCAAUCCUGGUUCCAAGCUGGCUCAAGCAAUUGGUACCAGUGAAACAGACUUGGUUCUUUUUGGUGCGUUUGCUGAAAGGCAGCUGGACAGCAUGGUGCUACAAAAGUACUCGGGAGUUUGUGCUUUCCCUCUGCACAUGAUCAACAAAGCUAUUGAUAGUGGGAUGGAGAAGUGCUGCAGUCUGGCUGUUCAUGACAAGAUGCUUCGAGGUCUACCAUUUUAUCAAGCUACUGAGUACUGCCCACAUAAUAUGAAUCUCUCAGCCCCAGUGGUGGACACCAGCUGCUUGAAUAAACCCACUUUUAUUGCUAUGGAUGGCUUCAAGUUGGACCUCCUACAAGGACGCAUGUCUUAUGUAUUGCUGACCUCUAUCUUUGUAACUGCAAUAGGGGAACUUACUGUGGCUCAUUUAGGCACUUCCGAAGGACGUGUUUUACAGAUUGUGCUUGAUGGGUCCAGUUUCUACAAGUCCGAAAUGGCCAACUUCUCUUUGGGAGAGAGACUGCCGGUGCGAAGAGAAGUUGGCAAGCUGUACCACUCUUUGUUCUUUGCUGCAGGAAAUGAGGUGUUCCGGGUGAACCAAACUGGUCCAGGCUGCCUCCAUUUCCUAACAUGCCUCAGCUGCCUGAAGGCAGAGCGUUUCAUGCAAUGUGGCUGGUGUGGAGAUUCAUGUACCCGUCAGGAGGAAUGCAAGAAACAGUGGAACCAAGAGAGCUGCCCUCCAGUCCUCACGGAUUUUCAUCCCAGAAAUGCACCGCUAUAUGGCAGCACCAAGCUGACUCUCUGCGGCAGGGGGUUUCAGUCUCGCCCAUACUUCUCUGGCACGGCUGGCUCACACUCGAGCCCUGGUGACUACUUGAUUACAGUGGGACAGAGGACUUGCUCGGUGCUGUUUGAAGAGAGCCUUGCAAACCGGUAUAGCCAAGUGCCAAUGUGGAAGGAUUUUGCUGAAGUUCUUGUCUGCACAUUGUCACCAAAGGGGGUAGAGAAGAUCAUGGAACCACAACAGAUUAAUCUGACGAUUAUAGAGAAUAAAGCAACCCCAUUUUAUAUCACUGGCUCCUCAGUCCUCAGUGGCUUUGAAUUUUUGCUGCCAAACAUAACUUCCAUUCACCCUGCCUAUGGUCCAAUGGCUGGAGGAACAGAGAUCUUUAUCCGAGGACAAAACCUUCUGGUGGGAGGCACAAGGAAAGUGAUGAUUAACAGUCUAGAUUGUCCUGUGGACAGAGAGAAAAGCCAGAGAGAGGAGGCCAUAAUUUGUACCACCCCACCUUCAAGCAACUUGACCAAUGCAUCUGUGAUUGUAAUAAUAGAUAAAGAGCAAUUCCUUUCUCCUCAGUCUUUCUGGUAUCGAGAAGACCCCCAGAUAUCUCAUAUUUCUCCCAACUGCAGUUAUGAGGGCUCCAGUAUCUACAUCUAUGGUGUCAAUUUGGAUUCAGUGUAUAACACGAGGCUGCAAUUUGAGUCUGCUGGAGUGCAGACCAAAGCUAAAGUAUGUGAUGGGCCGCUGUCCACAGAGAGGUUGGUGUGUCAAAGUCCUGAUUACCCAUCUGAUAACAAAGUGGAGAGUAUUUAUGGGAACCUGAGUGUCUUGAUGGAUGGAGUUCUGGGGAAGAAGACCUUUCGUUUCCACUACUACCCUAAGCCAGUCAUUGAUCCCUUUGGACAUGAAGAUCAGUCAUAUGUACUCAAACAAGGAGAGGACAGGAUUGAGAUCAGUCAUAAAGGGCUGGAUGCUCUGGCAGACUGUAUGAACAUUUCAGUGACAGUGGCUGGUACGGAUUGCCAUGCCAGUAUACUGAAGAAUGAGGUGACCUGCCGAAUACCCAACCACCUGAGCAUCCCUGGGGAUGGUUUGCCAGUACAGAUUUGUGUGAACGGCAACUGCAAAGACGUAGGAUUUGUGAUUGCAAUCUCUCUGUUCUCUCCUCUUGCUGCUGUUUUGGGAACUAUUGUAGGCAUUCUGUUCCUUUCCUGCUUGGUGUUUGUGCCUUUGAAAUAUAUUCAACACAAGAAGAGGACAGGAACUGAGAAUUUAGAAAGACUCUCUAGCGUCAACAGGGGCACAACCGGAAUUCCUCUCCUUCCUUCCAACACUGGCUACAUGGCUCCUUCUGGGAUCCCAAAUAGUGGCUCUUCUGUAGUGCGACAUGGAAGCGUCUCCUACACAGGCAGCAAUGAUGGUUCUGCUAUGCCUUUCAUGCGGGUGCCUUCAUACUCCAUUAAUAACUUUCGGCCAGAAUUGUUGGAAGAAGUGAAGGAUGUCCUCAUUCCAGAAAAGCAGCUGAUUUUGCACAAGGAUCAGAUCAUUGGCAAAGGGCAUUUUGGGAGUGUUUAUCAUGGAACUUACAUAGAUUCAUCCCAGAAAGAGAUUUGGUGUGCUGUUAAAUCCCUAAAUCGAAUUACUGACUUGGAGGAAGUGGAAGAAUUCCUGAAGGAGGGGAUUCUGAUGAAGAGCUUCCACCAUCUCCAUGUCCUCUCUCUCAUUGGGAUCACCUUGCCUAAGGAAGGUCUCCCCCUGGUGGUCCUACCUUACAUGAAGCAUGGAGAUCUCCGACAUUUUAUCCGUUCAGAGCAGAGGAACCCCACUGUGAAGGAUUUAAUAGGCUUUGGGCUGCAAGUGGCUCGGGGGAUGGACUAUCUGGCCCAGAAGAAGUUUGUGCACAGAGAUCUUGCAGCUAGAAACUGCAUGCUUGAUGAGACCUUUACAGUGAAGGUGGCAGACUUCGGGUUGGCCAGAGAUGUCUUUGACAAGGAAUAUUACAGCAUCCGGCAACACCGCAGAGCAAAGCUGCCUGUCAAAUGGAUGGCCCUUGAGAGCCUGCAAACCCAAAAAUUUACCACCAAGUCUGAUGUAUGGUCUUUCGGGGUCCUCAUGUGGGAACUGAUGACACGAGGGGCCUCUCCUUACCCUGACGUGGAUCCCUAUGAUAUUACCUCCUACUUGUUGCAAGGAAGAAGGUUGCCCCAGCCUGAAUACUGCCCAGAUUCUCUGUACACCAUAAUGCUUAACUGCUGGACUCCAAGUCCUGAGGAACGGCCAACUUUUUCCAGCCUGAUCAAAGAAGUGGAACAUAUUGUGGUCUGUCUAAAGGGAGACCAUUACAUUAACCUCAACGUCACUUACAUCAACCUUGAUCAAGGCCAUCCCUUUCCCCCUUCAAUCAGUCGGGAGGAAGAAAUUGAUUCCAAUGGAUUGAGUGAGGAAGAGGCUGCUUCUGUGUGUUAAGUAACACCACACACAGGUCAGGAUGCAUGUUGCUGGGUUAAGCAUAAUGCUUCAUAGGCGUGUUUUCCUGGGAUUUGACUGUUCAGGCUUUGGAACUUCCGGACAGAUUUUGCCCAUCUUGUGAGUUCAUGACAGCUGUAAUCUGGGGUCUUCUGUGACCUAGAUCCUGCAGCAAGGGCUCAGAAAAAGGUAAAAAUAAAUUCAAUCCUUCUGUAAGAGGUGGGGCAGGUUCCCUACAGCUUUAGGAAAGAGAUACUUUCAGAAUACUUGGUGAUUUGUGUGUUGGAAUGUGUUUUUACUAAGGGCUGUAAUGUAAUUUAAUGUGGCAGCCUGUGGCUGCAUCUGUAUAUAGAGAAAAAUAAAAUUACUGUUAUGAAUUCC